UACUACAUUGACACAGUAACGUUAAACAGGAGACAUUUUGGUGUUGUAAAGGAAGGAGGCUUCUUGUGCGGGUAAAAUAAAACACGUUAACCGGGAUGGAGAGACUUUAACGUGGGAGUUUGUGAGUGUACGUGCAGUGUAACGUCGCCAUGAUGUCGCUGACUGCUCACACGUCACAUUCAGAGCUGAGCGACAUUAAAGAUAUGUGUAUUUCCUUGUCGCCUCGGCAGUAGCACCGCAGUAUAAACAGCCUCCAUAUGUCACGGUGAAGUAUGGACGGGUGGAGUCCAAUCGUCGCUACAGCCUCGGACAAUGAGCGCUCCAGCUCCGAGGGGGAGUACAUGGUGGAGCCCGGAGCCGAGGAUGAGCCCCGGGAGGCGGCGGACAGAGAGCAGCGGGGCAACAUGGAGAGGAUGGACCCCGGGGGGACCGCUGCUGUCGGGUUCGGGAUCAGUGGGACCGGGGAGGGUAAGGUGGUGUUAGGUCGGGUCGGACAGAGAGACGAUAAAGAGCUCAGGUACCUGCACCUGCUGUGGGAGCCGGGACGAGCCGAGCUGGGAGCCGGUGGGGUGACCAGUAAGACGGGGAAGGUGAUGGGGAGCAGGACCAGGAGGCACCACAGAGCCCUGCGGAACCUCGGUCCUCUGGGGAAAGAUAUCUAUGCUGUGAAGAGACUGAGGGAAGCAGCAAACAGCAAUGACAUCGACACAGUUCGAAAGCUCCUGCAAGACGACAUCGACCCCUGUGCAGCAGAUGACAAGGGAAGGACAGACCUGCAUUUCUCCUCCUGCAACGGCAACGAAAGCAUUGGUAGGUUGAUGAUUAGUGUCAGGACAGUGUCAGAGGAAGUCAUGUAUGAUGCAGCAGGAUGUAGUGAUGGGUGGAGUGAUUCUUCUCACAGUAUCAGUUCUUCGAGUUGAUUCAUGGAAAUGUAUCAAACACCUCAGGUUUUAAUACUUGUUGUAAAAUAUGGCAUCAGUUUAUCUGUGAUGCUCCAUUAUAGUAUGCACGUUGGCCAGCUAGUGCUGCCCACCCCACAAAACUUCUCUUUAAUGCAUUACCAGUCAUCAUGUUUAAGUUUCCAUUUAUAAAGAUGAAUUAUUCAUUUGAAUGCAGCGAUUUAGCAUCCUGCUUGUAUGCAGGUAGGCUUGACUGUAAGCUCAAUACGAUGUUACAGAAAUGUCACUGACCAACGAUCUGUUGUUCUUUGAGGGGAAAGUUACCUCUGCAGCUUUGUGCUGCUUUCAUGUGGUGUUGGAAUAAUCUGAAAAAUUAGUGCCGAUCACAUUUAAUGGCGCACUUGAUCCGAGUCCUUUGCUUUUCGUUAUCAACAUGUUGUAUAAACGCUCUAAGCAAUGAAAAACAACGUACAUCUUCUUUGUAGCGUCCAUGUUGGUUCCACAUUACAACUUAAAGCUCAUGAACACACUGACGUAAAGAACGACCAUCCAAGGAACAUGUGAAUUCACCAUCGCCCUUGACUUGAGUCCAAGUUAAUCGGUCUUAGCUUGUUCUUUCAGUGCCGUUGCUGAAUUGCUUUCCACUCUGAGAAAAUGGUUAAUUCUGGUUCAUUCAGUCAGUGUAGCUGUCAGGCUGUCUGUACUCGAGUCCUAUUCAGUCAGUUCUCAUUGACUCAUCAUAGCAGGUAGUGUGAGCAAUACCCUAUCAUAAAAGCGAGUGGGCAGGUGAGAAAAGUUGGGGAUUCAUGAGCACUCGGCUGUUUGACAGACAGAUCUGGUACAUACCGGACACUAGGGGCGGGGUAGACAUUCAUUUCUUAGAUGCAUCACAGUGCGGACGUAAGCAAUUUGGCAUCAGUUUACAAAUGUCACUAAUAAAUUAUCUAAAUGUUUGUUAAUAAUUUGAUGUUGACGGAACAAAAGAGGCAGAACUCGAGUGAGCAGUGCAGCACCCAGACAGUCUACAGCUUGGGCACGCUUGAGUUAACUUGUAAUUCAUCUUCACAAAACACAGAGGUUGCAAGCAUCUUUUUAUUUAAUGUCGAAAUAAUUACAUCUGCGAGGCGAACAUGAAGUAUAAUGUCAAUACUUUCCUCGGCCAUCACCCAGAGACAAACAUGAACAGAGCGCAUCAGCCUUAACAUAAACAAAAGAGACUAAUUCCAUAAAAUAUAAAGGCUGUGGACCAUUUACUGUUAAUAGUAGUAGUUACUGGAUCCUAUUUCCUCUGAACUAUUGCAUUACACAGAAUCCCACAAAAGGUUAGUUUGUGCAGCUGCAGAAGAAUACACUUUCACUGGUUUAACAGCUCAGGUAUGGAAAUAUUUUGGGUAUAAGGCUAAGGGAAAAGGGACCUGUACAAGAGCCAGAUGGUAGGCAAGUAAAUUCAUCUGUUAAAUUUUUUUUAUAGAUCACUAUAAAUACAGUUUGCUAUGUAUCAAGUAGUCAAAAAUGUUGUUGUAUUGUGAAGCGUCAAUAAUGGCCUAAUCAUCAAAUCGUACCUCUUUGAAUCAAAUGGAACGAAAUUGUGAGGUGCCUGGAGAUUCCCACCACAUACAAAAAAAGAGUUGUUCAAAAAGACUUGUUUGUUUAUUUUUGUCCAUUACAAGCAGGGUGGUUGCAGUUUGAAGAGCAGAGUGCAAGCAAACACGUCCAUCUUGAUGUAGCAUCAUUGAAUGAUACACUGAACGUCUCCAAAUGUGAUGUUCUGUAGCUUUACCCUGUAGUUUUACCACUAUAAAAAAAUAAAAUUAAAAUUAAAUUAGGGAACUAAUCACAGAUGUAUCGU